CCCCAUCAUCAGUAGAAAAAUAUGGCGUUCGCCAAGUGUUUUACCUCCUUCCUUCUAGUCCUUUGCGUGUUUGUACCAACACUCGUACUCUCAGACCUCUCUAUAACGUCCUCAAAUUUCCUCGAGCAUGCCAAUAAACCAGAGGUGUUUGAUUGGAUGGUGGGAAUCAGGAAUGACCUUCAUGAAUGUCCAGAAUUGCUUUACGAUGUAUUUGAGACCAGUGAGCGGGUCAGACAGGAGUUGGAUAAUCUGAAAAUUCCCUACAAAAGCUCGGUAGCGAAAACCGGUGUCAUCGGCUAUGUCGGGACUAUGGAAGAGCCUUUUGUUGCGCUAAGAGCAGAUAUGGACGGACUGCCAAUCCAUGAAAUGGUGGAGUGGGAGCACAAGAGCAAAAUCGAUGGAAAGAUGCAUGCUUGUGGACAUGAUGCACACACAGCAAUGCUUCUCGGUGCCUCCAAGAUCCUCAAAGAACAUGAAAAAGAGUUGCAAGGAACUGUUCUUCUUGUAUUCCAACCGGCUGAGGAAGGAGGAGCUGGGGCUAGGGAAGUCUGGAAAACCGGACUUCUAAAAGAAGUGAAAGCCAUAUUUGGGCUACAUGUCGCGCCGGAUGUACCGGUAGGCGUAGUGGGGUCCAGAGCAGGUGAUUUUAUGGCCGGGAGUGGCACUUUUGAGGCUGUAAUUACUGGAGAAGGUGGUCAUGCAGCUCAGCCUCAUAUGGGUAUAGAUCCAGUAGUAGCAGCUGCUAAUGUCAUUAUUAGCUUACAACAUCUCAUCUCCCGCGAAGCUGAACCGGGAGACCCUCAGGUAGUAACAGUUGCAAAACUUGAAGGGAGUGAUGCAUUUAAUGUCAUCCCGAAUACUGUUACAAUUGGUGGCUCUUUCCGAGCCUUUUCGACCAUCAGGCACCUUAGGAGGCGUAUUGAGGAGGUCAUAGUAGCGCAGGCCGCUGUGUCCAAGUGCAAUGCCGCCGUCAAUUUCUUUGAAGAUGUUAAACCCUUAUACCCUGCAGUUAAUAACAACGAAAAAUUAUAUGAUCACUUCAAGAAUGUAGCGACUCAAAUGCUUGGGCCCCAAAGAGUUCUUGAAGCUCCGCAAGUAACGGUGUCGGAGGAUUUUGCUUUCUACCAAGAGGAACUACCGGGAUUGUUCUUCUUCCUUGGGAUUAAGAACGAAACGCAUGGAGAAGAACCGGUUCACUCAGCUCACUUCGACAUUGCCCAAGAUGCAUUUCCUUAUGGUGCUGCACUUCAUGCCUCAUUAGCUACUACGUACUUGUCUGAUGUUCUUGGAUCACAAGGCAAACAAUACCCGCGUGAUGAACUCUAAUCAUGAAUUUCAUCAUCACGAUGAUUACUUCUGUAGAAUAAGCUUCAUUGCAUAUUUUUAAGGGCAUCUUUAUAUGUAUGCGAUGAAUUCUAGUUGAUUUCAGGACUAUGUUAUUUAACUAAAUUGUAUGUUGAUAUUGAUAAUUUCACAAUAAUUUGAACACUUUUGAAAUGUCU